AUGGCGGACCUACGCCUGGAUACCAUGGCCAAGCUCACCACGCUGCCGCCCCCGGAGGCGCCGGAGGCGCCGGCGCCGGCUCAGGAGAGCGCCCCCAGUCCUGAGGAGCCGGAACAGGAAGCCGGGGAUUUGCGGGUCUCCGGCGAUCUGGAGCUGGUGGUCGCAGAUCCGGUGGGCUUCUCCUCCAACCCCAACGCCGAAGUGGCCGCAAAGGAGACCCUGGCGGAGCUCACCCAGAUCCCGGCAAACUCCAUUGCCGUCUCGCUGAUGCCAAACCUGCAAACCAACGAGACGGUGGACUGCUGGUACACCAUGGUGGUCCCUGCAGACCAGGCCGGUGCAGUGACUGCCAAACUCCGUGGAGCGCAGAGCACUGCAGAAGAAGCCUUGGGUGAGCAACUGAAGAAGCAGGGCCUGGAGGUGAAAUUGACUGCCACGCGGAUCUCAGCCAAGAUCUCGGAGACGGCAACGUAA